GUCUGUAUUGACCCGCUCUACUCACACAAGGAAAAUGACCGUCCCUCCCCCCCACACAGAACAAGCUGGGAGCAUUUGGUGAAGAUGCUGUUACUGUAUGUGCGGUCAAGUGGACUCUGUCCCUGUCUCUGGGAUUUAGAGGAAAUCCGCAGAAAUAAAUCUCAACAUUGUGUGGAACUGAGAAUAUGUUGAACUUCAAUCUGAGCUAAAGAAAGCUGCAGACAACAAAUACUGGCAACAAACCAAUGAACACAUCAAAGACAGGAAAGUUGAACAAACUAAAUUGAAAACCAUGCCAUCAACUACCUUUCUUGCCAUGUCCGAUGGAACUAAGAUCUUUCCACAUAUUACCUCCAUCUGUGAGAAAUGCAGGUAUGUUUUUUCCUGACGAUGGUGCUUCUGCAGCGAUGCCUACAUGCAUCCACCAGAGAGCAGAGCAGCACUGGGUCCCAUACCUAUUACGCUGCAGAAAUUGAGGGAGACAGCACUGUAGCCAUGGCUUUGGCCAAACGCCAUGGAGUAGACUUCAUUGGAAAGAUAGGAAACAUGGAUGGUCAUUAUAUUUUGCGCGAUUCCCGAAAAUUCAGAAGCAGAGCAUAUAUGAAGAAGAUGUUGUUGCGGGAACCAAAGUUAAAUUGGGUGGAGUGGCAGACGUUCUACCACAGAUACACCCGGGCAGCAAUCCCAGUGGGGAGUGAUGGGACCAAACGUGAUUUCCAGCAUCCGCAAUAUAGAUAUGUUGCCCCAAAACCUGCUGAUGAAGGAGAUCAUCCCGCUGACUUGCAGGAGCUUGUAAAAAAUGAAGGCAAGAUUGAAAAAAGCAUUGUAUCGAAUGUCACUUACUCUAAAGAAAAAUAUGAUGACCCAAUGGUCUUUAAUGAUCCUUACUGGCCUCUACAAUGGGAAUUGUAUAACCAAGGACAAUAUGGGAAACCCGAAAGAUUUGACCUCAACAUUAUGCCUGUCUGGAAAAGAAAUAUUACUGGGAGAGGAAUUGUGGUUUCUAUUAUUGAUGAUGGUGUUGAUUCUACGAAUCUUGAUCUGAGGAAAAAUAUAGAUCCACGUGCCAGUUUUGAUCUCCUAAGAGCUCAUAGAAUAUUCCAGAAAAGCACUAUUUUCAAGAGAGAUGAGCAGUAUUGGCAUGGUACUCAGUGUGCCAGUGAAAUUGCAAUGGAGGCAAACAAUUCCUUUUGUGGUGUGGGCAUCGCUUACAAUGCAAAGGUUGGGGGUAUCUUCUUGCUCAAUGGUGCUAUUACUGAUGCUACGGAAGCCACUGCUUUCACCCACAACAACAAUUACAUUGACAUCUACAGCUGCUGUUGGGGUCCAUCGGAUAAUGGCAAGACAUUUGGUGGACCAAAAAGACUAGGCCAAAAGGCACUGCAGUUUGGAGCGAGAAAGGGGCGCAAAGGCAAGGGCAACAUUUAUGUCUGGGCAGCUGGCAAUGGUGGUUCGAACAAUGAUCACUGUGGAGCUGAUGGGUUCGUCAACAGCAUCUACACGAUUCCCAUUGGCUCGAUUACUCACGAAGGCUUCGCCGCAGAUUAUGGAGAAGCUUGCCCUGCUCUCAUGGCUGUAACGUUGACUGGUGCUGUCAAUAGUUUUAUGAAUGAUCUUCCUCUGGUGACAGCCACUAACAGUGUGAAGGGGUGUGAUUCACAUUUCCAAGGCACCUCCAGUGCUGCACCAAUGGCUACAGGAGUCCUGGCACUGGUUUUAGAAGCCAACCCUGAUUUAAGUUGGAGAGAUGUACAACACCUGAUUGCAAAAACUGCAAAGAUACCCAACCCUUCGCAAGUGGGCUGGCACAUCAAUGGCGGGGGUUACCAUGUCCACCACAGGUAUGGGUUUGGACUUAUUGAUGCUGCCUUAAUGGUACAGCAAGCUCUUCUCUGGACCCCUGUAAAACCUCAGUGGAUGUGUUCAGAAGAAUUGCCUCUCAAGCCUGUGAUAAUUGUUCCAGUAGGCGAUAGUGUGCAUCUCCAUCUCACUACGGAUGCCUGUGAGGCCACAGCUAGAGCCAUCAAUACACUGGAGCAUGUGCAGGCUGUUGUUAGCAUCACCAGCAUCUGCAGGGGUGACCUCAGUGUUGACCUGAUCUCUCCCUUUGGAACAAAGUCACAGCUUCUGGGGACGCGAAUGUUUGAUAAGUCUAGCGCUGGCUUGAAUAAAUGGACCUUCAUGUCAGUGCAUUCGUGGGGGGAGAAUCCGUACGGCACCUGGACACUGAAGGUAUCGGACAACAAAAACACAGCAAAUGGCUGCCUUCGGCCUGACUCUGAAGCAAAAGCUGGAACAGUGCUACAAUUCAAACUUGUCCUUUGGGGAACAUUUGAAAGUGACAAAGAGUCAACUACAAAUGGAACAAUGAAGAAACCUCUUCAGUCCAAUGCAAUAAAAGAGUUGAUUAAGGAUCAAUACAUCUUGGAGAAUAAAGCAAGAGUGGGUCUUAAAGACGAACCUUUGGUCUCCAAGCAUAAGGGCAGCUGAUUGACAACUUGAGAACAUUCAAACAAUGCGCAAUGAUGCUUUGAAUACCUUGAUUGAAUUGCUUUAGUACUAUUUUCCGAAUUCUCAUUCAAUAACUAAUAAAGAUUUAUUCCGCUUAUGGC